AAUUUAGUACAAAUUUUAAACUAAAAUUCAUCCCAUCCUAAUGCCAAUGCAUCAAUCCGGCCUUCUAAACAUAACAUUCGUACAUACAAAAUCCAACACUUUGAUCCUUGAUACACAGAGUCUAAAUGACAAGGUUUGGCAAGAACCGGAAGGUGGCGGUUAAAAUCAGUGGAUAUUUAAAAAUUGUAGUCAGACACAUUUAGAGAGAGGAAGAGGGAAAAAGAGCGUGUUUUUUUAUUUUUAUUUUUUUAUUUAUUAGUGACAGCCAUGAAAAAUCGCAAGAAGAGGUCCCCUUUGUUCCAGCAACCAAUGCCGCCUCCAAUUCCGCUUAAUUAUAAAGCCAUAAAAUCCUUCUCUCUCUCUUGCUCUCUUUCUCUCUCUCUCCACGCCGUGCAUGGUUUCAAUCUGAAAUUCUGAUUACGUCAAUCAUAUAUAUAUAUUUGAUAUGUGAUUCACUGAAUCAGAACCGUGUUCUCCACAUUUUUGACGCUCUUCCAGGGUUUAUUUUUGUUCGAUAUUGUGUUUAUUACAUGAGUAAGUUACUGAAUUCACAAGAAAGAUGAGAUUUGGUUCAAAUGAAUGUGGUUUUAGUGAGGAUCAAAUGCAGGAAGGAACGAUGCAAUUCCCCAAACUUGAUGAUUCGCCCAUGUUUCGGCAACAGGUCCAAUAUAUGGAAGAAAGUGGAGAUACAUUGAGGGAAAAGAGUCUAAAGUUUUAUAAAGGAUGUCGAAAGUACACAGAAGGUCUUGGAGAAGGAUAUGAUAAGGACGUUGCAUUUGCGAGUGCCGUAGAAACUUUUGGAGGAGGUUUUUGCGAUCCUAUUUGUGUUUCUUUUGGAGGCCCUGAUAUGAAGAAAUUUGCAAUUGCUCUGAGGGAAAUUGCAACAUACAAGGAAGUUCUUCGAACACAGGUAGAGCACAUGCUAAGUGAUAGUUUAUUAGACUUUGUCAAUGUUGACCUGCAUGAUAUCAAGGAAGCUCGGAAGCGUUUUGACAAGGCCAGCAUUAUAUAUGACCAGGUGCGUGAGAAGUUUCUGUCACUGAGAAAAAACUCUCGGAUGGAUAUAACUGCUGCCAUAGAAGAGGAACUUCACAACGCAAGAUCCACAUUUGACCAAGCCCGCUUUAAUCUUGUUGGUGCUCUUUCUAAUGUUGAGGCAAAAAAGAGGUUUAUGUUUUUAGAGGCUGUUUGUGGGAUGAUGGAUGCUCAUCUUCGUUACUUCAAACAGGGAUAUGAGCUAUUGCAUCAGAUGGAGCCUUAUAUCAACCAGGUCUUGGCUUAUGCACAACAGUCAAGAGAAAGUUCCAACUAUGAGCAGGCAGCUCUAAAUGGAAGGAUGCAAGAGUACAAAAGGCAUGUUGAUCAAGAAAGUAGGCAUUCGGUUAAUGGGUCUCAUGGUUCUCUAAAUGGAGAUGCUGUACAACCUGUCCCUAGAAGUUCUCAUAAAGUGAUAGAAGCGGUGAUGCAAUCCACGGCAGAAGGAAAGGUUCAAACCAUUAAACAAGGAUAUCUCGCGAAACGUUCCUCCAAUUUGAGGGGAGACUGGAAGAGAAGAUUCUUUGUACUCGACAGUCGGGGGAUGUUGUACUACUAUCGCAAACAAUGGAGCAGGUUAUUUGGACCAGGCAGUCAACCAUCUGUACGUAGGAAUAAUUCUUCGGAACCUGGUUCUGGACUGCUGAGUAGGUUGUUGUCCUCUCAUCACCAUGCUGGUGUGAAUGACGAAAAAUCUGUUGCCCGUCACACUGUGAACCUACUGACUUCAACAAUUAAGGUUGACGCAGACCAGUCAGAUUUGAGGUUCUGCUUCAGGAUUAUCUCACCAACCAAGAUCUACACUUUGCAGGCAGAAAGUGCACCGGAUCGAAUGGACUGGAUUGAAAAAAUUACAGGAGUUAUUGCAUCAUUGUUGAAUUCCCAGGCACCUGAGAGGUGUCUUUCCACUAGUUCCUCAAGAAUUGUUAGUCAUCACUCUGGCAGUGAGAGUAGUUCCAUCGGAAGUCCCUCUUUUCUUGAUCAAAUGGAAUUUGAAGAACAUACUUCUGUUGACCUUGCUCCAAAAUACUUUGUACGUGCAUCUAGUAAUUUGCACAGUUUGAAAGGUCAGAAGCCAGUUGAUGCACUACAAAGAGUUCCUGGGAAUGAUCUAUGUGCCGAUUGUGGUGCGCCUGAACCAGACUGGGCUUCCCUAAACCUUGGCGUUCUUAUCUGCAUUGAAUGUUCUGGUGUGCACCGUAAUCUUGGUGUGCAUAUAUCGAAGGUAAGAUCAUUGACACUUGAUGUGAAAGUAUGGGAACCUUCUGUUAUAACAUUGUUUCAGGCGUUGGGAAACAUUUUUGUGAACUCAAUAUGGGAGGGGCUGUUGCAUGCAAGAAGAAGAUUUCAGGCAGAUGAAAUACCAGUAAGGUUUUUUGAAUCUGAUAAACACAGAGAGUUUUUUAACAAACCCAAUCAUGAUGAUCAUAUUUCAAUAAAGGAGAAGUUCAUUCAUGCAAAGUAUGUGGAAAAACGUUUCGUUUACAAAGUAAAUGUGAAACAGAAUCUUCUUUCAAUGGCAAAGAAGUUGUGGGAUAGUGUCCGUACUAAUGACAAGAAAGACGUUUACCGCCAACUUGUCAUCUUUGAAGCAGAAGUCAAUGCUAUCCAUGGACAAGACUCACAUAAUUCAUCUUCAAAUUUAUUUAAAGUAAUGCGAUUGCAAGAGCAUGCAAGCAUGAAGAAAAAAUCUGAUUCAUUAUCGGGUGAUUCUUCCGAUAAGACCUCCUUAAAUUCUUUGAACUUGCUAAGAGAAAGGAAAGAUCAAUUAAUUAAUGGAUUUUUCGAUGGCUGUUCACUGCUUCACCUGGCAUGCCAAACUGCUGACAUUGGCAUGGUAGAGCUACUCCUACAGCAUGGUGCAAAUGUAAAUGCUUCUGAUUCAAGAGGUCAGACACCACUGCAUCAUAGUAUUAUCAGAGGAAGAAUUUCAAUUAUUAAACUUCUUCUUACCAGGGGAUCCAAUCCACAAGCUGUUGAUAAAGAAGGCAAAACCCCUUGCCAGCUUCUUUCAGAAUCACACUUGGAUGAUGUUGAGAUCCUUACUCUUUUGAAAAACACGAACAGAUAGCAUUCUGUACAACAUUACAAGGAUCACUCAUAGGCAGAUUAACAAAGUCGGCAGAAGUCUUGCAAUAGAUAGAGAGGACUAAAAUCAGUUUGGAAUGCAAGAGUUCUCUGGUUGGCUCAUUGCGUCAUAAACGUCUUUCCACUUCAGAUCCGCAAGUUCUCCUCUGGGUUGAGAGCUUUGUUAGGACGCUGUGUGUUGUAAGGUACUUUUUAUGUAGACAUCCCAUUUUGCCUUACCAAUUUGAAAUUUUAUUUUGGAAAUGAUUUUUGGAAGGUUAUAGAAGGGGUUUUUCUAUGGUUGUAUAUUGGUCCUCAGUUAUUCUAAUAUGGGCAUUGGAAGCUUCCUCGGAUCAUGACAUUAAACAAUGUGAGUCAGAACCUAAAGAGAUGGAACUAUUAGAUGUAAGAUGGAGCUGAAAUGUGGCUCCUGAAAUUUAAUUAGGGUUAAUUGCACUAACCUCCUUCAAGGUAAGGUAUCGUCAAUAUACAUCUCCCCCAUUGAUUGCCAAAUUACACUGACCUCCCCUGUCAAACGUGUCAAGUGGAUGGUGUUAACGAUCCUUGUGUAAUUACGUAUCUGUCCUUAUUAUAAUAAACAUGGUUUUUGAAAAAGACCAAAAUGCCCAUAUGUCAAAUCACCUUUGCAACGGCACUUCUGUGUACAAGACUUCAACUUCAUAUAUAUUGGAGGCUGUCCUUGAAAACUUGGCAUUUGACUGUUCAGUUUUAAUGUCCAUUUGAGUUCAUAGAUAAUAUACUGAGUUUACAUGUAAGCGAACUUAAUUACAGUUGAGCUUGUAAAAGUGAUGCACGGGUGUUCAACAUUGUGUGUCAAUAGUACGUGUUCCCCAUCGUCAUACUUUUGUUCUUGAAGAGCAACAGUUUUUCCGCUUGCUAACGUGCAUCUGCAAUGUGAUCACCCAAGGUUGGGAGCUGUCCACUCUCAUACUUAUAGUAGUGCUUUCGCAAACAGCUUCCCAACAGGUACAAUUUGGUGGAAACAUCAAAAUUUUAUGGUUAGAGCAUUCCAAAUGCGGCAAACAUUCUCUUUAUUUACUAAUUUAACUUCUCUGUUCGAAGCAAUGGUGAGAUUACUAUCAUAGUUAACUGUAAUACACUCUCUCUGGUAGCCUAGGCCGUAUAUUUACUUGGUUUUAUUUCUCACUAAUCAGAGAAGA